AUGUUCUUGUUAAAUAACCACAACUUUAAAUAUUUAAUUAAAUUUAUUUUUAUUGUUUUUGUAAAUCAAAUAAAUUAUUUGGAUGGGCGUUUGUUGGAUACUUCCGUUGCUUGUGAUCAACACAAUUUUCUUCUUUCACUCAAUUUCGAUGUCCCUUUCCGCGGUUUAGUUUAUAGCGAAGAGGGCUUGCCUAAUUGUAUUUAUGUUAAUGGAACAAUGCUUUCUCAAUUAAAUUAUCAUUUAAAAGUUCCUUUAAAUGGGUGUGAAACAAAAAUAAAUUUGGAUGGAAAUUUUGAGAAUGGAGUUAUUAUACAAGAAAAUAUUGGGUUUUUACAAGCUAGUGAUAAGAAAUAUUUGCUUACAUGUAUUCCUUCAAGUCCUCUAAUAAAUCCUCAAACAAAUACAAGUACAACAACAAUUACCCCCUUACCUCCCCCUUUAUUAACUACAAAAAGUUCAAUUACUACAACAACUACUUUAGCUUUUGGAGAAGAAAAUGAAGCUUUUAAUGUUGAUUUAAAUGAAUUGAGUUCAAAACCAAAAGAAUAUAUUACUUCUCCCUCCUCCUCCUCUUCUUUAAAUCCCCCACAACAACAACAAAUCCCUUCAUUGGAUGAACCAAUAAUUAAUAAAAAUUCUGAAUUAAAAUAUUCUGUAGAAAUAAAAUCUGGACACAAUUUUGAAGAGUUUUCUUUGGAUUCAAAUAAUUUAAUGCCUGUUGGGGCUUCUUUAAAUAUUGGAGAUCCCAUUUCAUAUCUUGUACGUAUCCAAAAACCAGUUAGCGAUUCACAAAUCGGUCGGUGUUGGGCUACUGACUCAAAUUCUUCUUUGGAAUUAAGUGACGAAAGGGGGUGUUCUUUACAACCUAAAGGAAAUAUUUGGGGAGCUUUUGAAAGAGUAGAAACUCAGGAAGAAGUUGUAUUUAUUAAUAGAAUAAAAGCUUGGGCUUUUCCGACGAGGUAA